AUGGCGCAACGUCCGGCCUCUUCGCCCUAUGUCUGUCAUAGACCACGAGAACUCCGGCGGCUCUAUGAACCUCUAUCCUUACUAUGUGCAUUACAGGAGCAGAUGGUAGAGCAGAAGGAUAUCGAGGUAGUUGAUGUUGGCGGGGUGGGAGGAAUCUUACAUCACCGCCGCGAUUUUCUCAAUGCGCUCGUUCAACUUGCAGCGUUUGAGCAAGGGUGCGACUUGGCGAUCACAGCAGGAUACGACCACGAUAGUGUAGUUAUCGCCGUCGCAGGCAGCCCGGACGUCAGUGACCAGGUUAUUCGAUUUCUAAAAAGACUACUAGACAUGGUCACAGGUGCUCUCCAUGCAGGCUUAUGUGCUGAAACGUGGAAUAGAGACCUUUUGAAAAUCUCAAAUUACGUGACGGGAUUGCACAAUGAGAAUAGCUUCGCAGUGUCCAGCGACCCGAAAGGCAUGACAAUGGCUUCCCUAUGGUUUGGAAUCUGUAACUAA